AUGGCUUCAGAUAAAUUGCAAGAGAAUAAUAACAUUGAAGAAGAGCAAAAGCCGAAAAAAACAGCUAGUGAAAUCGACGAAAUAUUUGCUGGUAAAAAGAGAAAGAAGACGAAGAAGAAUUCUACAAUGGCUUCAGAUAAAUUGCAAGAGAAUAAUAACAUUGAAGAAGAGCAAAAGCCGAAAAAAGCAGCUAGUGAAAUCGACGAAAUAUUUGCUGGUAAAAAGAGAAAGAAAUCGAACGUGAAUAAGCAUGGAAAAGCCGGUGAAGCAACUAAAAGUGCUAGGACUAACGAGAAGAAAAAACCUAAACGGGCAGACGAGGGUGAAUAUAUUGAUCGGCCAUCCCGAUCGAGAAAGAAAACGGAGGAUGGACUUACUAUCUAUACUGAAGAGGAAUUAGGUCUUAGUAAAGGGGAUGCUGGGAAUACUCCACUUUGUCCAUUUGAUUGCUCUUGUUGCUUUUGA